AUGAUAACACCUCUCAAACAGCCUAUAGUGUUCGAACUGGAGGGCUUCCAUGUACCGCCAGGCUACAGCUCUUUCCUGUUCUUCCUGGCUCUGCUGAACUACAUGCUGACACUCCUGGGGAAUGGCGUGGUGGCGUGCAUCAUUGUGAUAGACAAGAACCUACACAGACCCAUGUUUGUGUUAAUUUGUCACCUGGUUGCCUGUGAUCUGAUAGGAGCCACUGCGGUGCUGCCUCGCCUCAUGGUGCACUUCUUGACGGGGCAGAAAAAGAUAGCCUACCUCACAGCUAUCGCUCAAGGCUUCUGUGUGCACAUGUACGGCGUUGCAGUGCAAACUAUACUGGGUGCAAUGGCCUAUGACAGGUACAUUGCUGUCUGUCAACCACUCAGAUAUCCUGUCAUUAUGACCUCGGCUCGCCUGCACUCCUGCUGUGCCCUGGCCUGGAUCAUUGCUGUGCUGUGCAUUAGUUUGCUUUUCAGCUUCCACAUGAAUGUCCCACUGUGUGGAAAUACCAUCCAACACGUAUACUGUAGCAACCGUGGCAUCCUGAACUUGGCCUGCGGUCCCACCCCCUUAAGUAAUAUCUAUGGUCUGUCCAUGACUUGGUGUGUGAGUACAAGCAUCUUCCUGAUAAUUGCUUUUUCGUACUUCAGGAUCCUGCAUGCUUCAGUAAAACAAGGCAGAGGUGACAGCGUCAUCCGCAGCAAGGCCUUUCAGACAUGCGCAUCGCACCUUGUCGUGUAUGUGCUUUAUGAAAUAGCUGCAAUGAUCAUAAUUGUGACUUUUAGGUUUCCCUCGGUCUCCCAAAAUAUUAAGAAGUUUUCUAGCAUCCUGUUUAUCAUCAUUCCACCAGCCAUCAAUCCCAUUAUUUACGGACUGGUCAGUAAAGAGCUACGUGCUAGCAUUGUCAAGCAUUUUAGCAUACAAGUCUGUCACAAAAAAUGA